AUGGAGCUCAUCGAACAUGAGGUUCUAACUCCAAGCGUUUCAUUUAGUCUUUACGAAAGACGUCGCCAAUUCCGCGAGUCUUUGAGCCUUGACAGAUAUAUGACUCUAACGGAAUAUAUCGUCAGAACUGAUCCUCUAUCGUCUACCACCCUGAUUCACUGGCCACAUCACCCAGUAGAGAGCCCAUGUCCAGAGCUUGCAACGGAGAUCACUCGUUUCAAUCCCGAAAUUCGUUCCACUCUGAGAUCCCAUGGACUCCCUGACAUACUCGAGAAGACAACACAUCUCAUAACCCAGACAGUCGACCCUUGCUACCCUAAUCAGGUUGAGCGCACUCCUCAAAAGCUUCUCCGUAUCCACCUAGAUAACCACCACUAUCUCCCUCCCCAGCUUGAUGCAGCGAGAGAUGCUCUGAACAAUAUGCUCCAACGCCUCGGGCUCCAAGACGUUCACGUUGACCUCAUCUACGGCUCAAAUCUCGCCAAUUUCAGAAUCACCGAUGAGGAAACUAUCGACAUAAUCAAGGUGCAGCUGGCAAUUGAGCUGGCGGCUAUCGACAUCUUCGGGUUUCUUCAAGUAUUCAUACCGAACACGCGGGUGGCCUUGUACCCUUACAUGACUCGUCAAGCUGGAAAGUAUACUAAGAUGGCUUUGGAGGUUGAGUUCCACCCCGUUUAUGAGGCGGAUGAGGUGGAGGUGGAAUUUGAGUUUGAGGUGUGA